CCAAUCACUUUGCUGCGAUGGCAUGGUGGUGGUCCUAUUUGUGACAUCUGACUAACAGCCUAUUAAUUAUUCAACGCCUGGUUCUGUUUUGGCGAUCAUUAAGUAAACAGAUUUGUUGAUUUGCUGGGGAGAGAAGGCUUGUGUGCUUUCGAAAGGAGCACACGGUGAAGAACCAUGGCAACCAGACUGACGAUACUUCUGGGGCUUGUUGCUAUGGCAACAGCCCAGUUACCUACGAAGAGUCCGUUACCGGGUGCCUCUACGACAAUAGCCCCCGCCCCAGCCCCGGCACCCACACAGCCACCAUCAGGGGGAGGAGAUGUGGAGGUGUUUCUGAAGGGAAUGGUCGACACGAUGAACAAAUACCGUAUGCUGCACGCGUCACCUCCUCUUCGCAUCAACUAUGACAUGACCAACAAGGCGGAGCUGUGGGCCGUCAAACUUGCCAAUAAGGACCAAUCCUCCUUAAACGUCGAUACCAAAUAUGGACAAGCUCUCUUCGUCUCCGAUACUCCGGCAGACGUAGUGAACGCUAGCGUGCGGUCUUGGUAUAACCAGAUAAGGUUCUAUAACUACAAUAAUCCCGUGCGUAAAGCGAAGACAAGUUUCUUUAUGCAGCUUAUCUGGAUGAAUAGUCAAGAGGUGGGUGUCGGGAAAGCGAGUAGUGCCAGUGGAAAGACCUACAUUGUUGCUUACUUUGACCCUCCAAGCAAUACCGGGGAUAUCGCCUCUAACGUACUUCCAGUGACAGGUAGUGGCAUUGGAAAGCGCGGACCUUCUAAAUGUAGCGAUGGCUACAAAUUUAACAAUUAUAAAUGCUACAAGUUCUUCCCGGGUCCGCGAGCAUGGGAGAGCGCGGUACAGCGGUGCACUGAGCAGUUUGCUUCCUUGGUGACCAUCGAGAAUUCUAUAGAAGAAGCUAUGGUCAAGUCAAUGCUGACUGAAAACAAGCGCAACUACACGUGGGUCGGUAUGAGCGAUAUUAACCAACCAGGCACCUUCAUGUGGGUCGACGGAAUGUCACCAAAUUUCAACAACUGGGACAUGCAGCAGAUGAACGUUGAAGGACCGAAAUGCGUUGUGGUUGGCGAGAGCUUUAACUGGCGAUAUGUACCGUGUAGCAAAGGGGUGGGGUUCAUCUGCAAGAGGCGACUUAGGGAUUUGACCACUUACGAGGUGAUAAUUCGGUACUUGACCAAGAGGUGGACAGAUCAUCUUGCUGACAAUACUGCACUUCGCUACCAAGCUCUAGUCAAGCACAUUCGAGAUGCGAUCAAUAAGGCUUACGAGGACUCUGACUGGUUUGAGAACUUGAAAUUCGAGUCCUUUAGCAAGGAUGACCUAGAUAGAAUCAUCGCCAAGUUCCUGGUAACCUUCACACCUGAUGAUGACUCGCCCGCCGACCCACUCGCCAACCUUCGUAACGCGAUUCAGGGAAAUGUGCCAGCAUCUGCAAACGCAACAUCAAACAGUACGGCGGAUUCAGUCAAACGAAGCGCUAUCAAAGGCAUGCUCUAUGGCGAGCAGAUCGAGAUACUCAACAUCACUCUUGUUAUUGAGCAACCUACUGCAGUUCAAUGUCCCGGAUACUGUGCACAGCAGCAAUGCCAGCCUGUCAGCUGUAGUCCAUCAUGCUGUGAUCCCAACAGCCGUAACUAUCAGCAGCCCCAGGUGGGAUCAUACCCAAUCAACACUCCACAGACAUCCCCAUUCAGCAACAUGAUGGUCGCAUCCCUACCACAGCAAAUGCAAGGCAACAACCCUUGUCAACCAGGGAUGAAUAUUCCAGGCUGUACACCAAGUCAACAACAAGCCAACCCUUGCAGACCAGGAAUGAAUAUCCCAGGCUGUACACCAAGUCAACAACAAGCCAACCCUUGCAGACCAGGAAUGAAUAUCCCAGGCUGUACACCAAAUCAACAACAAGCCAACCCUUGCCAACCAGGAAUGAAUAUUCCAGGAUGUACACCAAGUCAACCCCAAGCCAAUCCCUGCCAGCCAGGAAUGAAUAUUCCAGGCUGUACACCAAGUCAACCCCAAGCCAACCCCUGCCAGCCAGGAAUGAAUAUUCCAGGCUGUACACCAAGUCAACCCCAAGCCAACCCUUGCAGACCAGGAAUGAAUAUUCCAGGCUGUACACCAAGUCAACCGCAAUCUAAUCCUUGCCAACCAGGAAUGAAUAUCCCAGGCUGUACACCAAGUCAACCCCAAGCCAACCCCUGCCAACCAGGAAUGAAUAUUCCAGGCUGUACACCAAGUCAACCGCAAUCUAAUCCUUGCCAACCAGGAAUGAAUAUUCCAGGCUGUACACCAAGUCAACCGCAAUCUAAUCCUUGCCAACCAGGAAUGAAUAUUCCAGGCUGUACACCAAGUCAACCCCAAGCCAACCCCUGCCAACCAGGAAUGAAUAUUCCAGGCUGUACACCAAGUCAACCGCAAUCUAAUCCUUGCCAACCAGGAAUGAAUAUUCCAGGCUGUACACCAAGUCAACCCCAAGCCAACCCCUGCCAGCCAGGAAUGAAUAUUCCAGGCUGUACACCAAGUCAACCCCAAGCCAACCCCUGCCAGCCAGGAAUGAAUAUUCCAGGAUGCUCACCAACUCUCUCACAGCUACUUCUUCCACAACAAUUCCAACAGGGUAUUCAACAGCCAAGCUCCUUAGGAUGUAUGCCAGGCUUGGAAAUACCAGGCUGUCAACCAGGCGUCUCACAGGGAUACCAGCAAGAACAAGGUUACCCUCAGGGAUACUCAGGGUACCCUUCUAUGGCCGCCGGUGGCGUUCAACGCGACUCGAGCAAAAAAUCCCGAAAAUCAAAAAAGAAAAAAGACGGGUCAGAAAAGACAGUAGAGAAACCUGGAAAAGCUCAGCCAUCGCUACCAAAUCCGCAAUCUACUAUUUCCUAUCAACCGUACCAAUCCCAAUACCCCUACCCCUACCCCUACCCCUACCCCUAUCCAUCUCCCUAUCCCUAUCCGGCACACUACUACCCUCCAUCCCUACCCUCCUAUACUAGAUCGUCUUCAUACCCGCCUCCGUCCAUCGACUCAUCUGAGUACCAGAACCAGAAACAUAGAAAGCGCCCUCGUCACCGCCAACGCGAUCGUCAUCCCCCGCAGCCUCAGUACCUCCAGGAAUACCAACAGCAAGCCCAAGGCAUGUAUCCACAGGGAUACCAACAACAGUACCCGGGCCCCUCACAAUACUCUAUGGGAUACAUGGCACCACAGGGAUACCACCAAUCGAUGGCAAGCACGUUCCAGUACACUCCACCAAUGGCCUACCCACAAACAGCCAAUCCCAUGCAAAGGCAGUCCUGUCCAGGCGCAUGCGCCAGCAGCUGCGCACCGAAAUGCUCGCCGGGAUGCUGCAGAAUACUGUCAGCUACUGGACAGAAUCGCAGGCGUCAGCGACAAGUUGAGACAAACAAGUCUAAGAAGGAUUUUUAGAAUUUUAAGUGGAAAAUAUGGAAAAGGACGAAGAAAUAGGGGAGAAAUUGGUACAAAAUACGAUCGAGUUGCGAGAGAAGUCCAGUGCAGGCAUGGACGACAAGCGAUGAAUCUGCGUUUAGGAUUCACUGUACGUUUUGCUAGGAAAUAUAUGAACGAAAGUGAGGUGUAAUACAGGCACUCAUUGCGCGGGAUGGACACACCCGCUUUAUUAUUACAGCGCUUGCAAUAUUGUUAGUAGAAAAGAGCAUGUAAAUAACACAUCUCCGUAGUUUUAAGCGUCCUUUGUGGAGAAUCUGAAACUCCGAUCGAUGGGUCGUUCAGCUUUAUGUUUUCGUUUAUUGGAGACCAAAAAAUAUUAUUUAUUGGAAAUGAAACAUUAUUUUUGUUGUAUAUAUUGUAAUACGGUAAUAUUGCAUAGAUUUAAUAUCAAUUCUAAAUGAAUUAAAGGGAUUCAAUUUGUCA